CCAAUGCGCUUUCUAUCAUUUGAAUUAUCACAAUUGCCACACACAGCCAUUACUCUUCCAAUUGAACCUAACUCUCAACAGCUUCGCUCUUCUCUCCUUCUUCUAAAUCUGAGUUGAAGAAAUUACUCAACUAGGGUUGAUAAGAUGACUUUGAAAACGCCAGGAACACCAGUUUCUAAGAUAGAUAGGACACCUGUAUCAACUCCAGGAGGGUCAAGAGCUAAGGAAGAGAAGAUUGUGGUCACAGUAAGGUUAAGACCUUUGAACAAAAGGGAGCAAUUGGCUAAAGAUCAGGUGGCAUGGGACUGCAUCAAUGAUUAUACUAUUGUGUAUAAACCACCGUCACACGAACGUGCUGUCCAACCGAUGUCAUUUACUUUUGAUAGAGUUUUUGGUCCUGCUUCUGUAACCGAGGCAGUAUACGAAGAAGUAAAGAAUGUUGCACUAUCUGCAUUAACGGGCAUCAACGCUACAGUUUUUGCUUAUGGACAAACUAGCAGUGGAAAGACAUAUACAAUGAGAGGCAUAACAGAGAGGGCUGUCAAUGAUAUCUACGAACAUAUCUUGAAUUCCCCUGAAAGGGAUUUCACUAUAAAAAUAUCUGGACUAGAGAUAUACAAUGAGAAUGUAAGGGACUUGUUAAAUUCAGAAUCUGGUCGCAGUUUGAAGCUUCUUGAUGAUCCUGAGAAAGGUACCAUGGUUGAGAAACUUGUGGAAGAGACAGUAAAAGAUGACAAGCAUUUGAGACAUUUGAUCUCCAUUUGUGAAGCUCAAAGGCAGGUUGGCGAAACUGCUCUAAAUGAUAACAGCUCGCGGUCUCACCAGAUAAUAAGAUUGACAAUACAAAGUACUCUUCGCGAGAACACAGAUUGUGUGAAAUCUUUUGUUGCAACCUUGAACUUUGUUGAUCUUGCUGGAAGUGAGAGGGCUGCACAGACACAUGCAGAUGGCACUAGGCUGAAAGAAGGCUGCCAUAUUAACCUUAGCUUGAUGACUCUUACAACUGUUAUAAGGAAGCUCAGUGUUGGAAAAAGAAGUGGACAUAUACCUUAUAGGAAUUCAAAGCUUACACGUAUAUUGCAACAUUCUCUUGGUGGGAAUGCUCGCACUGCCAUUGUUUGUACUUUAAGUCCUGCACUGAGCCAUGUAGAGCAAUCUCGAAACACUCUCUUGUUUGCUACCCGGGCAAAGGAAGUAACAAAUAACGCCCAAGUUAACAUGGUCGUAUCAGACAAACAACUUGUUAAACAUUUACAAAAGGAAGUUGCAAGGCUGGAGGCAGUUUUGCGCACUCCUGAUCCUUCUAAAGAAAAGGAUUGGAAAAUUCAACAGAUGGAAAUGGAAAUUGAAGAGCUGAAACGCCAGAGAGAUCUUGCACAAACUCAGGUGGAUGAAUUACGCAGAAAGCUUCAGGAUGACCCAAAGGUCUCCAACCACCCAGUUGAAUCACCACAUCUCCCAGUCAAGAAGUGCCUCUCAUUCACCGGUGCAUUAUCAUCUUUUAAACCAGAGUCAGGAUGUGAGAGCGUAAGAAGAUCAGCAUUAAGACAGUCCUUGAGGCAGUCGUCUACUGCUCCUUUUACCCUUAUGCAUGAAAUUCGCAAGCUUGAGCAUCUCCAAGAGCAGCUAGGUGAAGAAGCCAAUAGAGCUUUAGAAGUACUACAAAAGGAAGUGGCAUGUCAUAGAUUAGGUAACCAAGAUGCAGCUGAGACAAUUGCAAAACUGCAAGCAGAAAUAAGGGAAAUGCGUUCUGUCAGGUCAACAACACCAAAGGAGGUUGAAGUUGGUUGCAUGGUUUCUGUCAACAAGAGUGUAAGUGCUAAUCUCAAGGAGGAGAUUACCCGACUUCAUUCACAAGGCAGCACCAUUGCAAAUCUUGAACAGCAGCUUGAAAAUGUUCAGAGGUCCAUAGACAAGUUGGUGAUGUCUCUCCCGAAUAACUUUCAACAUUCACCCAAUGAAGCCUCGCCUAAGCAUAAAAAGGAACACAGGAGGAAAAAGUUGCUUCCUUUGUCUUCAAGCAAUGCUGCCAAUCGCCAAAAUUUCCUAAGAUCUCCCUGCUCACCAUUAUCUAUUACGCAGCAAGUUUUGGAACCAGAUGUUGAAAAUAAAGCUCCCGAGAAUGAUGAUAAUAUUUCAAUUGAUACUCUGGCCGAGUCUGAGAAGGAGACUCCAACAAAGAGUGAAGAAGCUGGAGAUGUUUCAUCGAAGGAAAAUACUCCCAGCGGUUACCGACGCUCUAGUUCAGUUAACGUGAAGAAAAUGCAGAAAAUGUUUCAGAAUGCAGCAGAGGAGAAUGUAAGAAGUAUAAGAGCAUAUGUGACAGAAUUGAAAGAACGUGUGGCCAAGCUGCAGUACCAAAAGCAGUUACUUGUUUGCCAGGUGCUUGAACUUGAAGCAAACGAAGCAAACGGUCACAACAUAGACAACGAAGAGUACCCGUGUGAACCGGAGGAACCCCAGGUCCCGUGGCAGAUAACAUUUAAAGAGCAACGACAGCUGAUCCUUGAAUUAUGGGAUCUAUGUUAUGUCUCCAUCAUCCAUAGGACCCAGUUUUAUUUAUUAUUCAAGGGAGACCCAGCUGAUCAAAUAUACAUGGAAGUAGAACUAAGGCGUUUGACAUGGUUGCAACAACAACUAGCAGAACUUGGGAAUGCAAGCCCAGCUCCUCAUGCUGGGGAUGAACAUACCACUAUCUCAUUGUCAUCAAGUAUGAGAGCUUUGAAACGAGAAAGGGAAUUUCUGGCCAAGAGACUGACAUCACGUUUGUCGUUGGAGGAGAGGGAAAUGUUAUAUAUGAAAUGGGAUGUUCCUCUUGAUGGGAAGCAGAAGAGGAUGCAAUUUAUCUGCAAACUUUGGACUGACCCUCAUGAUCCAAUCCAUGUACAGGAGAGUGCUGAAAUAGUUGCAAAGCUUGUGGGAUUUCGAACAGGAGGGAACAUGUCAAAGGAAAUGUUUGAGCUGAACUUCGUGCCUCCAUCCGACAGAAGGCCAUGGUUAAUGGGCUGGAAUCCCAUUACAAACUUGCUUAAUUUGUGAUAGAUUUCAUGUUUGUAUAUUACGGUACCAUUAAAAAUCUUGUAAAUGCUAAUUGAUUUUGGCGCAUUUCUCAAUUUAAAAUUAUUGUUUUGGACUAUGUUCUUUGUUCCACCAAUAAACUGAUCCAAUUCAUUGGAUUCCCAUCAUAUACAAGAAGCAUGUUGUCAAUGUGUGUAUUUCGCGUA